AUGAAUACCCUAUCAAAAUACUUACUCGAAAGAUAUCCCACUUCCGAAGAAAAACAAAAAGUUAAAGAAAUCACUAUCGCUAAUCUGACCCAAAAUUUAGAAGGCGGAGAAUUAGAUUUAUCAGCUUUCACCAGCCUAGAAAAGUUAGAGAUAGACCAAAAUUUCUUAACUACCCCUUUAACUAAGAUAAACACUAACGGACUAACUAAUUUAAAAGAGUUAAUUUUGCUAGAAAAGAAGAUAGAAAGCGAAGCAGAUAAAAAAUUAUACGAAGAAUUAGGAAUUAGUGAGGAGUGGGAAAAGAAAAAAGUAGUCCAAGAAAUUCAGAAAUUAGCCGAAAGCAAAGGAAUUAAAAUAAACUUUAAAGAAAAAACCGAAGACAGCAUUUUUAUCUCUCUAGACCAAAAAGAUAAACAAAAAUUAGAAUGGACCAAGGAUAAUCUAAAUGAAGACUAUCAAAAGGAUUUCGAAGCCUUAUUAAACCCUUCUACUUUUCCUACUGAAAGACUGGAAAUAAAAGAGUUAUUAAGCAUUUAUUACUCUAACUCAGAAAAUAUUGCUGAUAGCCAAGAAAAUAAAGUUUCAACUGAAAUUUUAGAGUUAGUUAGUCAAGAAUUAAGUAAAAAUUCGAAAUUUAAAGCGAAAAUUAAUGAACUGAUUACUACCACCCCUUUAAAAUUAGAGGUUGAAUAUCUAAAGGGAAAGCAAGACCAAUUGCCUACUGCUGAAAACUUUGAUAAACUAACUAGACAAAAAGAACUUAAUCAGAAUUUAGCCGGUAGUUUAGACCUAAGUUACUUUACUAAAUUAGAAGAACUGAAUUGCACUAAUAAUUCUUUAACUGGUUUAGUCUUAUUCGACUGUCCUAAUUUAAAGAGAUUACAAGCGGAUAAAGGAGUAUCUAUUUAUGCUUUGAAAGGCACUAAAGACUUGUUAAUGAAUAAUUUAAAAAAAGAGCAAAACCAGAAAAAGAAGCAAGUAAAAUUUACUGGCGAUUUAACUAUCCAAGAUUAUCCUCAAUUGAAAGUAAUUAGUUUCUCUAAUCACGAACUAACUUCUUUAACUAUCAUCAAUUGCCCUAAUCUAAAAGAAGUUAAUGCUCGCCGUAAUCAAUUAACCAAAUUAGAAAUCCGAGGGGAUAACCAAAUUACUGAACUAUUUGUCGGGCAGAACCAAUUAGAAAGUUUAAAUCUAACUAAUUGUUCUAAACUGAAAAAACUAAUAAUCCCUGAUAAUCCUUUGCUAAGUAAAUUAGAGGGAUUAAACUUAUCCGAAAUUAAAGAAAUGAAUAUUAAUAAUACCUUAGUAAACCUUGCUGAGGAUUACGAAAAAUUAAAAACGGAAAAACAAAAAGCAGUAGAAGAUCUUAAAAUUUUAAAAGAAGCAGCGGAAGAAAAAGGUUUUAGUCUAACCCAGGCUAUUCAAAAUAGUAUUCAGGCUGAUGAAGCUUUACAAAGUUUAUGUAAAAAAACAGAAAAAGAUUAUCGUGGCAAAAUCCCUCGCUCAGAUUUUAUCGAAAAGAUAAAAGAACUAGCCUUAGAAAUUGAAAACAAAACCCAACUUUUAACUAAACAAGAAACUAACAAUAAGGAAUUAGAAACAGAGUUGUCGGAGACCCAAACAAACUUAAAAACUUCGCAAACUGAAUUAACUAAUCGCGACCAAAUUAUUAAAGAAAGAAAUGGCGAGAUUAAUAAUUUAAAAACUAAUCUUGACAGUUUUAACGAAAAAAAUAACUCCUUAUUAGAAAACAUAAGCAAAUUAGAAGAAAAAAACGAAGAGCAAUACAAAACUAUUGAAGACUUACAAAAUCAAGCAAAAAUCAAAGAGGAAGAACUACAAACUUUACAAUCUAGACCAAAUAUUACCGAACAAAAUUAUCAAGAACUUUUAAAUAACCAAGAAAAACAUUCUGAAAAGGAUUUAAAACCGACUAAUUUACCAGAUGAUUGA